AUGCCAGCAGCAUUUUCUCGACUAACGCAUGAGAGACACCAUAUCAGCUGGCCAACUUUUCAGGGUGACUCGACCAAAUCGGGCGAGAAUGCGCCGCCUAACGCGUCCUCUCCCACCGCCGGAGCCGCCGACCCGGUCUCCAGCUUUAAGGAGCACGGCAGGGCCCUGAUCUCCGCCCAGCGCCCGUGGCUGCAGCUUCUCGACGUCACCGCCCUCGCUCGCCCCGCCAGCGCCGGCGACGCUUGCUUCCGCCUCCGCCAUAACAUAGCCUACUUCCGCACCAACUACACCCUCUUCUGCCUCUCCGUCCUCGCCGUCUCCCUCCUCUGGCACCCUGCCUCCCUGUUCGCCUUCAUCGCCCUCACCGCCGCCUGGUUCUUCCUCUACUUCACCCCAGACCGGCCGGUCGUCCUCUGCGGCCGCCCGAUCACCGACGGGACCAUCCUCGGCGUGCUCUCCGUGGCCACGAUCUUCGCUCUCAUCUUCUCCAAUGUCGGACCGACCGUCUUCGGAGCCAUCCUGAUCGGGACAGUGAUCAUCUGCCUGCAUUCGCUGUUCAGGGCGACGACGGACGAUCGCUUUCUCCAUGAAACAGAGGCCGCAAGCGGCGGAUUGGUUGUCCCCGCUUACGGGAUCGCAUUAUUUUCUUGA